AUGGCACCUACAAUUGUUAUCGUUGGCGCUGGCGUCUCGGGCCUCACUUCAGCCUUGCUGCUCUCGAAGAGUAUCAAGGGGUGUGACCUGACUAUCGUGGCCAAGCAUAUGCCGGGUGACUACGAUAUUGAGUAUGCGUCGCCAUGGGCAGGUGCCAACUUUGAGCCACGAAACAAGGACAUGGAGGUUGAGGGGCAACUGGGUCUCUUCGACCUUGAGCCCUGGUUCAAGGACCUGUUCGACGACUACCGGGAACUCAACAAGGACGAGCUCCUCCCCGGCACCGACUCGGGAUGCGGGUUCACCAGCGUCUGCAUCAACACGGCCAUCUACCUCCCAUGGCUCCUCGGGCAGUGCCGCAAGGCCGGCGUCGUCUUCAAGCGCGGGGUCCUCAAGAACAUCAAGGAGGCCAAGACCCUGAGCCACACGGGACGCCCGGCGGACAUCAUCAUCAACACGACGGGCCUUGGCGCGCGCAAGCUCGGCGGCGUCGAGGACACGGCACUGGCCCCGAUCAGGGCCCAGAUUGUCCUCGUGCGCAACGAGCUGCCGACUAUGCUGUCAGUCUCCGGGACGGAGGAUGAGCCUGCCGAUUUGAUCUACACCAUGCAGAGGGCCGCGGGCGGGGGCACGAUCCUCGGUGGGACCUACGACAUGAACAACUGGGAGUCUGCGCCCGAUCCCAACAUUGCCCUCCGGAUCAUGAAGCGGGUUGUCGAGGCGCGGCCUGACAUUGCCAACGGGAAGGGCGUCGCGGGUCUGGACGUCAUCCGGCAUGGGGUUGGGCUGCGGCCAUACCGCCACGGGGGUGUCAGGAUUGAGGAUGAGAAGCUGGACGAGAGCACGUGGAUUGUUCACAACUACGGGCAUGCUGGAUGGGGAUAUCAGGGGUCCUACGGGUGUGCAGAGCGGGUGGUAGAGCUGGUGGACAAGAUCCGUGCUCAAGCGAAGAGCAAGCUGUGA